AUGAGCCCGGUCAAUAGAGGCUCGUCAGUGAGCACUUUGGGGACUGCCAGUGUCAGUAGUGGAGGUAGUCCUGAAGAUUCGAGAUUCGACGAGGACGGCAGGACGCCGUCAGUGGUGCCAGGAGUUGGCGGGGGUUUGAGUAGUGGACUGUCGGACUCGCUCAGUGUGGGCAGUUUGAGCAGCUUUGGCGCUGUGGGAUUGGGAUUGCCCGCUAGUGUUCCUAAAAUUCCAGGUUAUUUGGCAUUGACAGCUUACGGAGAAAGAUUUUAUUCAUUUUUGGAACUCGAUAGACCGGUUUCCGGCGAUGUUUCAUUGGGUUCUAAUGGCCGAUCCAGGUCGAAGUCUAUGAGCACCGUCAGUAGAUCAGUCGGUGGUUCUACUGGUGCUGGUGCUGCAGGAUCUGUAUCAGGUGGUUCAGCUCGUUCUACUGGCAAUGGAACAAGUUUAGCUGGCUCGAUUUCAGGACUUUCAGCUGGUCUUGGAUCCGGUUCAGGCUUCGACUCCGCUGGCAGUGGAGCUGGAUCUGGUGGUAGUAAUAGCAGUGGAAGUGGUAGCAGUGGUGUUAGUGGUAGUGGAAGUGGUGGCAGAUCGAGUGGAUCUGAGAAUCAACAGCUGGAAGUGACUGCUUCAGAGUUUAAUUUGCCUCAAAUGUUCCCGUCUCGUAGGGCAGCUGAGCUCGAUGCGCUCGGAAUGUGGCAGUAUCCCCGUGCCCCAGCAACAUCGUUACCUUCUUCGUCUUUAUCACUGUCAGCUAUAGAGGUUCCUUUGGACAUGUAUUUAAGGUCGAAUGCUGGCAGGAGAGUGUACAGAGACGGCAAUUGGACAGAAGUUGGUAGUGGUAGUACUGGUUCGACUGGUCAAGAAGCCAGCUCGGUAUCUGCUGAUAAUAGCGCAACUACGGGAUCAGGAACGGGAUCAAGGUCGAGUGAAGAGAAUCAACAACAACAGACUGUUUCAGGGCUUAGACGACUGGCUGCUGGAUCAGGAUCUGGUUCGGGUUCUGGUUCAGGUGCUGCUGCAUCCAUGUCUAUUUCAUCAUUGACAUCAUCGUCGUCAGCAUCAACAGUUUCUCAACCAAAUAAUAACAAUUAUCUGUUGAAUUCGUCGUCGUCGUCUUCUUCUAACACUGCCAAACCAUUGUCAUCGACAUCUACUUUGGGAAGCAAUGGCGGUUUGUCUGCUUCUCGAUCAGGAACUACUGUAGACAGUUCAAUUCCAAGUCGUAAAGAUAUUGGACUACCUCCUCUUCCUACUCGAUGGGCCAAACCAGAGAUCGACCAAAAUGUCGGUCUUGAUAGUGAAGGAACUCGUAUCGACUACUCGGUGGUGCAGACCAAACCGAGUUCCAGCUCAUCGUCUCCACAUAGCGUAGCGGUCUUAAAGACCAGCCAUGCCAUUCCACCUUUGUGUGGUGUAUUCUACUAUGAAGUAGAAGUGUUAGAACACGGCAUAGAAGAGUUUAUCUCUGUAGGAAUCUGUGAUAUCGAGGCAGGACUAACCAAAGUGCCUGGUAUGGACAGCAGAACCUGGGGGUUCCAUGGCGACGAUGGUCGUAUUUCGGCUGGACAAAGCCAGUCCAAGAGUUUCGGGCCGAAAAUCAAUGUUGGCGAUGUCAUUGGAUGUGGCGUUAAUUUUUAUAAAGACUCAAUCUUUUACACCAAGAACGGACUGCCUCUAGGAACAGCUUUCCAAGAUGUGAAGGGAAUUCUAUUCCCAUGUAUCGGAUUGAAAUCUGGUGAGAUUGUACACACGAAUUUUGGCAGCGAGGAGUUCAGAUUCGAUAUUGAAGAGUAUGUCAUGACCAUGAAGAAUAAAGUUCUGACCCAGAUUGAUUUGUCGAAACCGCCUGCUAAUAUGAUUGAUGAAUUAGACCCUGUUUCUGGGCGAUCUGGAGCGUCGAAUUCGGAUCCAGACGAUACAAGCAAAGACUGGCGGUUCAUUAAAGACAUUGUUGCAUCGUAUUUCAACCACGUGGGGUAUAUUGAAACGGCCAAAGCGUUCGAUAAAGAGCGGAAAAACGAAGAAAAGGCCAUUAAUUUCGAGCAACUGGACGACGAGUCGUCACUUAUGGAUAUCGACGAGACACCUAACAACAACAAUAACAACGACGAAGACGACGAGAUGCUGAACGAAGAAGACAAGAAGAUGAAACUGGAUGUAUUGAACCGCCAGAGAAUCCGGUCGUAUAUUCUCGACGAGGAUAUCGACGGAGCACUCAAACUGCUCAAUGUGUUCUAUCCCACUGUCCUAGAAGACAACUAUCUAAUCAAGUUCAAGAUGCACUGUCGGAAAUUCGUGUCGCUCGUCCGAAAGUCGAUUCCAUCAGCCUCUUCUUCCUCUUCACCCUCAUCAUCAACGUCAACUUCGCAUCGCGACUAUCUCAACGCAGCCAUUCAAUACGGUCAGGAUCUUCGUAAGGAGUAUAAAAACGACACCAACCCGACUAUCACCAGCACUCUGUCGACAAUAUUCUCGCUGCUGGCGUAUGAAGACCCUGGCUCGUCACCAGAGCUGGCAUAUAUCAUCAGCAACCAGGAACUGGUCCCGUUGGCUGAAGAACUCAACUCGGCCAUCCUCGUCUCUCAAGGCAAGCCGGCGGUUCCUUCACUCCAACGACUGGCCGAACACUGUACCCAGCUCGUGUGGGAACUGUCCGACCAGGGCUACCACCCCUCCAGCCUCCUCAACGUCAAACGCGACUUCCUCGACACCUGA